AUGAGCAAAGGUCCACAACAGGUGCUGAAAGGGAAAGAUAAGGAUGUACUGCUUAACAUUCCUAAUUCGGUGACUAUGGAGGCUGGAGGAGCACAAGGACUAGGAGAAGUGACCAUGGAUAAGACAGACAUGUACAAAGAUCACCAGGAUUCAGCCACGAGAACCCGUGGGAAUGUGACCCUUUGUUGCUGGCGGACGGGCAGGCCGGAUCCCGAGGCUGGGACUUUACAUCCCGUGAUUGCUGGCGCCCAUCCGCGCACAGACCCAUUCUCCGCGGGACCAAACCCGUUCGACCCGGCGCCAGCGACACGGGGCGGGGAAGGCAGAAGGGCGUUCCGAGAAGCUUCCCCUUGUUCCGAGGAGCUGCCCUCUGCUGCUCCCCGGUCCCCGCAGACCGGCGCCUUCCCGGCCGGCCGGGCCAGUUUCGUUUCCCGCUGGCUCCUCCUCCGCCUCCGCCCGCCCCCUCCGCUCUGCCGCUGGCCCGGCUCGCUGCUCCCGGCGCUCGGCUCCCGGCUCCCGGCGAUGCUGGGGCGCUGCGCCCCGGGCUCACCGGGCCCCCGGCCCAUGGUCCGUGCCCUGCCGCCCUCCGCCAGCGCCCUCCGCCAGCGCCUGCGCCAGUGUGCAGAACGGAUCCCUGAGGCUGGAGCAGUACUCGACCUGCUGGAGAAAUGCCCAGAGCACCAAAAAAAGGGAGGUUUUCCUGUCAUAGUUUUUGAGGGGUUGGAUGCCACGGGCAAAACCACAGUGACCCAGGCUGUUAAGGACAAGCUGAAUGGCAUUCUGCUGCGGUCCCCACCAGCGUGCAUCAGCCAGUGGAGGACUAUAUUUGAUGAUGAGCCAACACCCAUUAAAAGAGCAUUUUAUGCUGCGGGCAACUACAUUCUGGCUUCAGAGAUUGCGAAAGCAUCCACUCAGGCACCUGUGAUCAUAGACAGAUACUGGCACAGCACAGCUGCCUACACAAUUGCCACUGAAACAAGUGGGAAAGUCCAGGAUCUUCCACCAGCUCAAGAUGAGGUGUAUCAGUGGCCUGAGGAUCUUCUUAAACCUGACCUUGUUCUUCUCCUGACUGUUGACCCUGAAGAACGAGUCCGGAGACUUCAGCAUCGGGGGUUGGAGAAAACAAAGGAGGAAGCUGAGUUGGAAGCUAACAGCUUGUUUCGCCAAAGAGUUGAAGAGUCAUACAAAAGGAUGGUGAAUCCUGCAUGCCAAGAGGUUGAUGCCAGCCCCUCCAAGGAAGAGGUUCUCAAGACUGUUCUACAGCUAAUUAAGAAACACUGUGCUUUUUAAAAGCAACUUUUAAAGUGUAGUAGCACUUAAAAGAUGCUUUUUAUUGCCCCACUGGUUUUGGUACCUCAAAAUGUCUCAGAUAAAUACUGAAUACAGUUUUAUUCUGAUUUAUACAUAUGUAUAUAUAUGUACUGAUUUAUUAUGAUUUAUUCAGAUUUAUACAGUAAUUUGUGCAGGUUAUCUGUUUUGUGGUUGCUACUCUACUUUUCUGUAUAAGAAAAAUGUUACUCACGUCAUUCAGCAUUCUUAGUAAAAAAACAAACAUACUACAGUCAUG